UUUUAAUGCGGCGCUCCGUUUAAAAAUUCCAAGUUUAAGCUUGAUUGAUGUUGUGCGUCACAGCCACGCCCAUAUACCAUUUUACUACAUCCAUCAACUCCUAUUCUCCUGCGGAUUGUCUUACGGCGGUCCUGAGGGAGAAGGAAGCUCGACAUCCGCCGAUCUCUAAGAUGAAGCAGGAGGUCAGAGGGGCAUCUGUAGGGUCAGCGGGCUCAUGGCUGCACACACUCAGCAGUCUCUCCACGCAGAGAGAUGUUGGUCUUGCCCGAGCACACUUCGAGAAACAGCCGCCUGCAAACCUGCGCAAGUCAAACUUCUUUCACUUUGUUUUGGCUUUAUAUGACAGUCAGGGUCAGUCUGUGGAAAUAGAGCAAACCGCAUUUGUGGAUUUUGUUGAAAAAGACAAGGAACCAGUGAGUGAAAAAACAAACAAUGGAAUCCAUUACAAACUUCAGUUACUCCACAAUAAUGGUGUCAGAACAGAGCAAGAUCUCUACAUCCGUUUGAUAGACUCUGUGACCAAACAGGCAAUUGUGUUUGAAGGUCAGGAUAAAAACCCUGAGAUGUGUCGUGUUCUUCUCACACAUGAGACAAUGUGCAGCCGAUGUUGUGAUAAAAAAAGCUGUGGAAACAGGAAUGAAACACCAUCAGACCCCGUCAUUAUUGACAGAUUCUUCUUGAAGUUUUUUCUCAAAUGUAAUCAAAAUUGCCUGAAGAACGCAGGAAACCCGCGAGACACACGCCGUUUCCAGGUGCUGGUCUCCACCACAGCCUGUGUUAAAGGCCACAUUCUAGCUAUUUCGGAUAACAUAUUUGUCCACAACAAUUCAAAGCAUGGAAGAAGAGCAAGACGAUUUGAGUUGAUUGAAGGUACAAUCCCCUGCAUUAAGGCCAUCAGUCCGAGUGAAGGCUGGACUUCAGGUGGAGCGUCAGUGAUUAUUAUCGGAGAUCAGUUCUUCAGUGGCCUACAGGUGGUUUUCGGAACAAUGCUGGUCUGGAGUGAGGUGAUCACACCGCAUGCGAUUCGAGUGCAGACUCCACCUCGUCACAUCCCUGGGGUUGUAGAAGUCACAUUGUCCUACAAAUCCAAACAGUUUUGCAGGGGAGCUCCAGGACGCUUCGUUUACACUGCUUUAAAUGAGCCAACUAUUGACUAUGGGUUCCAGCGGCUGCAGAAGGUCAUUCCUCAUCAUCCUGGCGAUGUAGAAAGACUGCCAAAAGAGGUCUUACUGAAGAGAGCAGCUGAUCUCAUAGAGACAUUUUAUGGAGUCCCUUAUAACAACCAGGAAAUCAUUCUGAAGCGUGCAUCUGACAUAGCCGAGGCAAUAAACAGCAUCCCUCGAAACCCAUCGCACACAAAUCCACACGGGAUGAUGGCUGUAAACCCCUAUGAUGGACAGUUAAGCUCGAACACAGAGGUUUCCCAGCAGGAUGCAGAACGAGUGGGUUACAACAGGAGUUCAAACGAUGCCUUUAUUGCAGGCAGCACAUCCCAACAGUCUGAAUUCACCAACACGUGCAUGAAUGGACACACACAUUCACACUCAAACACACACCUGUCCAUGGCCGGACACACACAAACACACACACGCCCCACUGUGCCAAACUUCUCUAUGGCUGCCACACAAGCAUUUAAAGACAGUCCCACAGAGGACACACAGCAUUAUAUAGUGAAGCAGAAAAGUGCCUUUGCUCCAGUUCUGAAGCUGCACUAACAAAACCCAAUUUCAAGUCUUCCAAUCUGCAUGCCUUGCGUGGACUAGAAACACCAGUCAGACUCUCACAUGGAUAAUCUGUCAAGAUGUAGAAAUGAAGAAGUCGUGGUCUUUGUAAUCAAGAUAUAUAACAACUUCUAUUUCUUCAUUCAAGGGUUCUUUUAGUUCAAGCAA